AAACAGCGAGUUUCAAAAUAACACUUGUUUAAACUCGUCGCUUUUAUGCUUGCUCCCCCCCAACAUCUCUUCCCAACAAAGUCUUUUCAAAUCCACCUUUUGUUAACGACCGCAUUUGAGCGAUUUCCAUUCUUUUGUUCGGCCGGAAUAAGCGGAAUUCAUGAUUUCCCCGCAAAGGCCAACGUAUCGCUAUUUCCCGUUUCCUGUACGACGGACAAAGCUAUCGUUCAUGCAAACGGACGUAUCUCGCGACAUUGACUGGAAACAGUUUCGAAUAGCCGUAGUGGAUGACAAUGACAUCAACCAAAAGAUUAUCUGCAAACUAUUGAAAAAGUUUCUGGACGUGGACAUAAAAGCGGCAGAUAUCUUUGAAAACGGCCAGCUAUGCCUCAAUGCCAUGGCCCAGCAUCGGUACGAUUUGGUCCUUCUCGAUAUUGAAAUGCCAGUAUUGGACGGAUGCGAAACUGCUCUGCGAAUCCGAAGCGGUCUACCUUCACCACCCCUCUCGACCCUCUCCAGUGCCCCCGAAAACCCCUCACCAACCUCGCCCUCAUCACCCACAUCCCCUUUCAACACCGACUCUGACACUGAAUCACCAGCAGUGCUCAAAGAUAACCGCGACAUACCCAUUGUAGUUGUCACAUGCAACGCCAUGGAUCAUCAACGACGACACUAUCUGUCCCUGGGGGUGAAUGCGGUUGUAGCAAAACCUCUACAUCCAGAAUUGUUUAUCACGACUGUAAAAGCGCAUUUAGCGGCAUUUGCUGCAAGAGCGCCAAAGGAGGCUGUAGAAAUGUGUCAAAGCGACGCCCAACUUUCACGAUUACCCGAUCCGCAAAACCGGUCCCAGGAAGGUGCCAGGGACAGUAACACACCAGGAGACGGUGGCUUAUCAACCAAGACGAAAUCACGGAUGCUGCGCAUACUCGAGUCGGUCUUGCAGGCGGAUGGAUUGGAAAGAGCGGGAAGCGCGUCUCGCCCAAAAGCUAAUCAAGGCAAUCACGAGGGUGUAAAGGGCUGAUGCCUGCGCCCUGUUUGCAAGAUGACAGUAUCCCCCUUGUAUCCCUUGAUCUUUUUUAUGUACAUAACGCCCAUUUUGUAUGAUAUGCCUGAUAGACAAAAUAAAUAGAAGGUCCC